AUGGAGUUUGACGAAGCCUCGUCGUCACCAUCUCGUUAUAACAGAAGGGAAACGAGUAGCUGGGAAACAAACUAUCAGGUGAUCACGAGGAAGUACAAAGAGAAAGGAUACGGAGGAGUUGUGCCGGAGAUAGUGUUUUGGAAUCUGAGGGACUCGAAAUCGACGCCGGUGACCAAGAGCGAGAAAGGUGUGGCGUUGAUGAGUGGGUUUUCCAAGAAUUUGAUCAAAAUGUUUCUGGAUAAUGAUGGACAGAUUGAUCCCAUGAAGAUCAUGCACGCUGUUAUAUCCGGACCGGAGUAUAAAGAUCUUGUCGUGAUUGAUUGA